AUGGAGCAAUUCGUAUUUCGCCAAAAUGCUAUUUUUGAACCUUCCACGCUUGAAGACCUUAUAGAUAUUGUAAAUCUAGCAAAGAUAAAUAAUAAAACUAUUAGAUGUGCAGCACAAGGGCAUACUGAAAGCUCUCUGUCUGUCACAAAGCACUACCUAGUGGUAGUUACAAAAUUAAAUCAGAUCACAGUGCAAGAACAUCCAAAGUAUGGUUGGACUAUUACUGCUGAAGCUGGUACUCCAUUAUCUGAUGUUGAUAAAGUACUUCGAAAUCAUGAUCCACCAUUAACUCUUGAUUCUGAAACUUUAUAUGACACAUUUCGAGUAUCUGUGUUGUAG